CGAUCCCCCGUGUAAGAGUGAGGUGGAGGAGGACAUUCCAGUCCAUGUGACCACAGAAAAUCCCUGUGAGAAGCCUGAAGGAAACAUCAUCAUGUUAUCUCUAGAUUAUAAAGAAGAUGAAGACACCAGGCAGCGCUCUUCAGAAGAAAACGUCAUUACCUGUACUGUACAUCCAGGACUUCACAAUGCAGAGCCAUCAAAUAAUUCCCCCAACAAUGAGGAACUUUCUAAUGAUCAAUCUCAGAUUAUCCACCCAAGUCCAAAUCUAUCAUAUAAUCAUCCUAAACAUGAGGAUUCUUCUACUGAUCAAUCACAGAUUAUUACUCCAAAUAUAAGGCAGAAACGGGGUAAAAUGUUUAAUUGUGAGGAACGUGGAAAACAGUUCAGAUGUAAGUCAGAGCUUUCUGUACACAGAAAUCAACACAAAGGAGAGAAGCCGUAUUCAUGUUCAGAAUGUGGGAAAUGGUUUACCAAGAAAUCAAGCCUUGAUCAACAUAAAAUAAUUCACACAGGAGAGAAGCCAUAUUCAUGUUCUGAAUGUGGAAAAUGUUUCAUAGAAAAAAAAGGUCUUGCUAAACAUCUCAGAAUUCACACAGGAGAGAAGCCGUAUUCAUGUUCAGAAUGUGGGAAAUGCUUUAACCGAAAAGCAAGCCUUGAUCUACAUAAAAGAAUUCACACAGGAGAGAAGCCAUAUUCAUGUUCAGAGUGUGGUAAAUGUUUUACAGAUAAAUCAUAUCUGCCUGCACAUCAGAGAAUUCACACAGGAGAGAAGCCGCAUUCAUGUUCAGAAUGUGGGAAAUGCUUUAACCGAAAAUCAAGCCUUAAUCUACAUAAAAGAAUUCACAUAGUAGAGAAGCCAUAUUCAUGUUCUGAAUGUGGAAAAUAUUUUAGCGAUAAAAACCAUCUUACUACACAUCAGAGAAGUCACACAGGAGAGAAACCAUUUUCUUGUUCAGAAUGUGGAAAAUGCUUUGCCAGGAAAUGCAGUUUUUUUCAACAUAAGAGAAUUCACACAGGAGAGAAACCAUUUUCAUGUUCAGAAUGUGGGAAAUGCUUUGCUAGGAAAUGCAGUCUUGAUCUACAUAAAAGAAUUCACACAGGAGAGAAGCCAUAUUCAUGUUCUGAAUGUGGAAAAUGUUUCAUAAAAAAAAAAGAUCUUACUAAGCAUCUCAGAAUUCACACAGGAGAGAAGCCAUUUUCAUGUUCAGAAUGUGGGAAAUAUUUCAGCGAUAAAAACCAACUUACUACACAUCAGAGAAGUCACACAGGAGAGAAACCAUUUUCAUGUUCAGAAUGUGGGAAAUGCUUUGCCAGGAAAUGCAGUCUUUAUCAACAUAAGAGAAUUCACACAGGAGAGAAACCAUUUUCAUGUUCAGAAUGUGGGAAAUGCUUUAACCAGAAGUCAAGCCUUGAUCAACAUAAAAGAAUUCACACAGGAGAGAAGCCAUAUUCAUGUUCUGAAUGUGGAAAAUGUUUCAUAGAAAAAAAAGAUCUUACUAAACAUCUCAGAAUUCACACAGGAGAUAAGCCAUAUUUAUGUUCAGAGUGUGGUAAAUAUUUUACAAAUAAAUCAUGUCUGCUUGCACAUCAGAUAAUUCACACAGGAGAGAAGCCACAUUCAUGUUCAGAAUGUGGGAAAUGCUUUAACAGGAAAUCAAGCCUUGAUCUACAUAAAAGAAUUCACACAGGAGAGAAGCCAUAUUCAUGUUCAGAGUGUGGUAAAUGUUUUACAGCUAGAUUAUAUCUGGUUGUACAUGAGAGAAUUCACACAGGAGAGAAGCCAUAUUCAUGUUUAGAAUGUGGUAAAUGUUUUACAGAUCGAUCAUAUUUGCUUGGACAUCAAAGAAUUCACAAUGAAGAGAAGCCACAUUCAUGUUCAGAAUGUGGGAAAUGCUUUAACCGGAAAUCAAGCCUUGAUCUACAUAAAAGAAUUCACACAGGAGAGAAGCCAUAUUCAUGUUCAGAGUGUGGUAAAUGUUUUACAGCUAGAUUAUAUCUGGUUGUACAUGAGAGAAUUCACACAGGAGAGAAGCCAUAUUUAUGUUCAGAAUGUGGGAAAUAUUUCAGAGAAAAAAGACAUCUUACUUCACACCAGAGAAGUCACACAGGAGAGAAACCAUUUUCAUGUUCAGAAUGUGGGAAAUAUUUCAGAGAAAAAAGACAACUUGCUUCACACCAGAGAAGUCACACAGGGGAGAAACCAUUUUCAUGUUCAGAAUGUGAGAAAUGCUUUACCCAUAAAUCAAGCCUUGAUCAACAUAAAAGAAUUCACACAGGAGAGAAGCCAUAUUCAUGUUCUGAAUGUGGAAAAUGUUUCAUAGAAAAAAAAGGUCUUACUAAACAUCUCAGAACUCACACAGGAGAGAAGCCGUAUUUAUGUUCAGAAUGUGGAAAAUGUUUCAUAGAAAAAAAAGGUCUUACUAAACAUCUCAGAAUUCACACAGGAGAGAAACCAUUUUCAUGUUCAGAAUGUGGGAAAUGCUUUACCAAGAAAUUAAGUCUUGAUCGACAUAAGAGACUCCACACAGAAGAGAAGACAUGUUGAUGUUUUGUGUAAGAAUAAUGUUUUACAAAUAAAUUAGUCUUUCAAACUUGCA